CAACGACCAACAAAUCUUGCCUUGCAACCGCAAUAAAGGAUUGAAUCAGGCGCGACACGUGAUACGGAGAACGUCUCCCGCUUUUGCAGUAUAUAAACAGCAGGUAGGAUUCAGAUUAGAGGUCCAGCCCAAAGCCUGUCCCGCGUCUACUUGAUCGCAUCCUUCGGUUCCUUUCUCCACGCGCAACGGCGACUUCCAACGUCACCUCGUGUGUCCGUCCCCACGACAGCGUCAAGGACAUCACCGGAAAAACAAAAUGGCGGACGCGGUCGCCGCAACCGCGGCGCUCGACACCGCAGGUGUCCAAGAGUCGGACAUUAUAGCUCGGCGACAUCCUCUCGGCCAGCGAAUCAAAUACGCCCUCAUGGCCUUUGUCUGGCGACAGUUACUUCUCAAGCCGAUGUAUUUCCUCAGUUCAAUCAAGAGCCUCUUCGCCGCACGGAACAAGAACGACCCAGAUAUGAUCAAGCGCUACCCAGCGAGAAAGUCUCUUCCAGUCCGAAUCUUCUUCCCCCCAUCUUACACCCCCUCCCCCGAAUCCACCACCAAAGUGACCAAACUCCCCACCAUCCUAACCAUCCACGGAGGCGGGUUCGUGCUCGGCCGUCCGCACGACAACGACGGGUGGAACCGCGACUUUUCCACCCGGCACGGCUUCCUAGUCAUAGGGCUGGACUACUCCAAAGCACCAUCCCACCCAUUCCCGACGGCAACGCACGACCUUGAGGCGGUGAUCACCAGCGUGCUGUCUGAUUCGUCCCUUCCCGUCGACGUGGGCCGCGUGGCCGUGGCCGGUUUCUCGGCGGGCGGCAACCUAGCGCUUUCAGUCUGCCAGCUGCCUUCGCUGCAAGGGCGCCUCGCCGCUGCCAUACCUGUAUAUCCAGUGGUCGACUUCGUCACGCCGCAGGAGACCAAGGCCCGCGCGCGUCGGUACAAGCCAGCGCUGGGCGGCUUCCGCGCGCGCGAGCGGGAUUUCCUCCUCGCCAUGUCCCCUAUGUUUAACUGGUCCUAUGUCAACCCCGGCACGAGGAGGGAUGACCCGCUGCUUAGUCCGCAGUUUGCGGAGCGGGGGACGCUGCCGAGGAGUAUCUUCAUGAUUGCCUGCGAGAUGGAUUUGCUUGGCCCCGAGGCGUGGAGGAUGGCGUGCAAGCUGGCGGGGAAAAAGGUGCCGGCGGUGGACGAGGUGAUUGGAAAGGAGGAGACGGCUGGGAAGGGAGAGUUGAUCACUGAGGGGGACGAGAGGUUUGCUUGGGAGGAAGAGACGGAGGACGGCGGCAGGUACAAGUGGUUGCUUGUGCCGGAUACUAUUCACGGGUUUGACCAGGACAACAUUGCGAGGUUGGUGAAGGAUCCUGUGACGAUGGAGGAUGCGAGAAUCAAGAGAGACGAGGUCAUUGGGAUGGUCGGUGUCUGGCUGCUGGAGAAGGCAUUCAAAAAAGAGAGCUGAUGGACCCUGGCUGUACAGUACGUCUGGGCUCCAUGUACUGAACAACCCAAACCGACGACCAAUUCACAACAAAAAAAAGUCCACAUCAGGUGGCAAACUUCGACAUAUUACCAAUAUGGCAG